ACCAAUAAAUAAAGAGGCCGCAGCCGGCAGCAUGCUUUUAGACUUUAGUCGCCUCACGCCUGUUGAAUGUAUAGCUAGUCAGUACGCUUCGACAGGAGUUAUAAACAGUGCAAGUGCUUAAUAUUAGAAACUUACGUUCAGUUACAAUGAACAUUUCACCAGUUGGACCGAAGCCAACACAAUUGGUCUGCCCAUCUUGUAGGGCCAGUAUAGUGAGCAAAGUGGACCACAAGGCGACCACUAAGACUCAUCUUAUUGCCUUCUUUUUAUGCCUAUUCCUAUGCUGGCCUUGUAUUUGUGUUCCGUAUUGUGUCGACUCUUGUCAAAACGCUGACCACUAUUGUCCGAGCUGCAAUGCCUAUCUUGGAACUUAUCAAGGAUAAUUUAUUAAGAAUUUAAUUAUAUGGAAAUUGAUUGUCAGGUGAUAAAUAUAUCAGGGGUGUGUUUAUUGACGACAAUUCGCAGUAUCGCAUUAUAAAUAUAUUAUAAAAAUUUAUACUAUUAUUAUAAAAUUCUAU